UUAUAACUCUGCGCUCUACUUUAUAUGGCCGUGACGGCUUCGUACCUCUAAAUAAGGAAAAUAUACAAUUUGUAAUUUCAGAGAACUUCAAUGCGGUGGGCUAGGUUCGAGUAUUAGGGCCUAUAUAAUACCGUAGCCAGAGACGAAACCUUCAGAGAGAAAGCAAGCCUACUAAUACACCUAAAGGCGAAAAGUUAAAAACUAAAAUUUUUAUAUUAGCUUUAUUAAAUACAACAAAACAAACAUGAACGAUGAAGACGUUGCUGCUAUAGUUGUAGACAAUGGAUCUGGAAUGUGUAAAGCCGGCUUUGCUGGGGAUGAUGCCCCCAGGGCUGUUUUUCCAUCUAUUGUUGGAAGACCAAGACAUCAGAUCAUCAUGGCUGGCAUGGGUAAUAAAGAGAGCUAUGUCGGAGACGAAGCUCAGUCCAAGAGGGGUAUUCUGACCCUCAAGUACCCUAUCGAACAUGGCAUAGUGACCAACUGGGAUGACAUGGAGAAGAUUUGGCAUCACACUUUCUACAAUGAACUUCGUGUGGCUCCUGAAGAGCAUCCUGUGCUGCUGACGGAGGCCCCAUUGAACCCCAAGGCAAACAGAGAAAAAAUGACCCAAAUAAUGUUUGAGACAUUCAACACACCGGCCAUGUAUGUCUCCAUUCAAGCAGUGUUGUCGCUCUACGCUUCAGGAAGAACUACUGGUAUUGUCCUUGACUCUGGAGACGGUGUAUCCCACACAGUGCCCAUAUAUGAAGGCUAUGCUCUACCUCAUGCCAUCCCCAGGUUAGACUUGGCAGGGCGAGAUCUUACUGACUAUCUGAUGAAAAUUCUAACAGAAAGAGGUUACACUUUUACCACCACCGCAGAGAGGGAAAUAGUACGUGAUGUCAAAGAGAAGCUUGCUUAUGUGGCUCUGGACUUUGAAACAGAGAUGACCACGGCCACCACCUCAUCAGCUCUGGAGAAAAGCUACGAGCUGCCUGAUGGUCAGAUUAUCACUAUUGGAAAUGAGCGCUUUCGUUGUGCUGAAGCACUCUUCCAGCCAAGCUUCCUGGGGAUGGAGAUACCUGGUGUCCAUGAAGUCACGUAUAACUCAAUAAUGAAAUGUGACGUGGACAUCAGAAAGGACCUUUACUCUAACGUGGUCAUGUCAGGAGGCAGCACCAUGUUCCCAGGAAUUGCAGACAGGAUGCAAAAAGAGUUGACCAGCUUGGCACCCAACACAAUGAAAAUAAAAGUGAUCGCACCUCCAGAACGGAAAUACUCGGUCUGGAUAGGCGGAUCCAUCUUGGCCUCGCUUUCAACAUUCCAACAGAUGUGGAUCUCAAAGCAGGAAUACGACGAAUCAGGUCCAUCGAUUGUACACAGGAAAUGUUUUUAGCUUAGUUUGUAAUCUUGAUUUUCAAAACCAAUGCCUUAUCGUUUUUGAUAGUCUUGGUUUUUUAAACAGCAAAGAUGCAAUCAUCACGAGUCUAAUCACAAUUACAAUAUUACUUAGACUCUUGCUUUAAAAAUAUUGCCAUUGUCCAUAACAUUACAAACUAUCGCAAUUUUAUCCCCCAUUGUUUUCUUGUCGCGACUUUUUUUUUCAAGUAUAGGCUAUUUUUUAUAAGAGUUUUUAAUAGCAUAGCCUACAUUAAACAAAUAGUUUAAAAUAUGAGUCAAAUAGAUGAAACUGAAGCACACAUUUUUCAUCGUAAAAUGUUCAAUCUUAUAUUUUUUUUUCUUUGCAUGUUUGAGUCUUUCAAUUGUUUUCAUUUAUGCCUUCACUUGUUGUAGCCUCCCCUUGUUGUUAACAAGGUAACGCCUAUCCUUUAUAUUAUUAAUUGAUACGUAGAGCCUAGGUAGGCCUAUUAUUAGAAAUAUCUAAUAAUACAAACUACGUAGGCCUACAAGAACAAAACAGCUGAAGAAGCGCAUGCAUAGUUUCUAUCUUAGAAUGUCGUUUUUCUACACGUUUCAAAGUGCUUAGGGACCUACAUCUAUUUGAAGAAUUGUCCGAUGUUUAUGUAGGCCUAUUGGCUAUUUGUUUUCUUCACAGUUUGCUAUGGAAUUAUCUUGUUACAAAUUAAAUCAAUCAAUGUUUUUAUAAUGUUAAAUUUUCAUUUCAUUAAGUUUCCAGAGCCUUAGAAAUAGGCAAACUAGGCAGUCGCCCAGGGCCACUGAUUGGAGGAAACUAGCAAAACAUGGAUCACAUCUCAAACAUUGCAGAACUCUAUGCUCUAUGUCUACUAGCAUAUCUCUUAAGUUUCCACUAGCAUAUCUCUUAGUUUCUACUAGCAUAUCUCUAUGUCUACUAGCAUAUCUCUAUGUCUACUAGCAUAUCUCUUAAGUUUCUACUAGCAUAUCUCUAUGUCUACUAGCAUAUGUCUAAGUUUCUACUAGCAUAUCUCUAUGUCUACUAGCAUAUCUCUAUGUCUACUAGCAUAUCUCUAAGUUUCUACUAGCAUAUCUCUAUGUCUACUAGCAUAUCUCUUAAGUUUCUACUAGCAUAUCUCUAUGUCUACUAGCAUAUGUCUAAGUUUCUACUAGCAUAUCUCUAUGUCUACUAGUAUAUCUCUUAAGUUUCUACUAGCAUAUCUCUAUGUCUACUAGAAUAUCUCUAAGUUUCUACUAGCAUAUCUCUAAGUUUCUACUAGCAUAUCUCUAUGUCUACUAGCAUAUCUCUUAAGUUUCUACUAGCAUAUCUCUAUGUCUACUAGCAUAUCUCUUAAGUUUCUACUAGCAUAUCUCUAUGUCUACUAGAAUAUCUCUAAGUUUCUACUAGCAUAUGUCUAAGUUUCUACUAGCAUAUCUCUAUGUCUACUAGCAUAUCUCUAUGUUUCUACUACGAUUCAAGGUUUAUUCACUAAUGUUUAGAUCUACUUGUUGGACUAUAUAUGUUCGAAGACCAUUGUUGUUUUUUUGAGAGAUGUCGAAACUUAGUUUCUAGUCUGGUGAUCAUGAAUCGUCCAUGAAGCACAUUCGUGCUAUCGGAGCUAUAUGAAUUGAACUGAUUUGUUGAUUUAGAUAUAGACACAGAGAGGUUUUUAAUUCAUAGCGUAUUUUUCGAUCUUAAUUGUUUUUUUCUUUUUCAUUUGGGGCCACCUUAUAUUCACUUCGCUUAGGGCUUUCAAUUACAUAAGGCCGGCCCUGACGUUUCAUAUAUCACAAGUACAUUGUACAGUUUCGACGUGAAUAAAGCGAAGAAUAAUGAUAUAGAGUUCUGGUAUACAUGUAUUUAGUCUUGUUUGUCAAAAUGCUGAAAUAUUAUCCUACAUUUCGCCAUUACAGCAAAAUCGUUCAUGAAAUUAUACUUACAAGCACAAAAAAGGGAAAUAACUGAUAAAAAAGAACAAGUAGCAUUGAUGAAAUUAUCCUCUAUUCAAAUUAUUUUACUUUUAAAAAAAUCUUGAAAGUAUCCAAAGUCAACAUCUUAAUCCUUCUUUGAGCAAUGUUUAAAAUUAGGCUCUGAGUUCAUAAAGGCUUCUUGUGUAGCAACAUGACCAAAGUCUAAGAGCGUUUAUCAAGACUUACUUUUAGGAAUGUUCAUGAGCUUCAACUUGCUCGGUUUGCAGGGGGAAUAAUUACCCAUCUGCUGAAACAAAUUCAGUUUACUUGAUGUGGUAGAUAUAAAACAAAUACCAGACACAUCUGUUACUGAGAUACAAUGACUAAAAAACAUAACAAAAGUAUCCACUUUCCAUAUGGAACAAAUGCUUCAUUAUAAUUGUCUUUUCUUUAUAUUCAAAAGAACAUCUAUAAAACAUCAUUAGAAUGACUAAGAUGUAAUUGAUAUUAUGCAAUGAAAAUACUGUUUUGAUGUUACAGGCAAGUUUUUUAAGUAAUUUAAUUGGUGCCAGUAACUUAAUCAAUAAUACAUGAUACUCAUAAUGAAAGAGGAAACAAAAAAUUGUGAAAGAUAAUAACAGUCUCACUACAACACAUGUCUGGAAGUCAUUGACAAUAUGAAGUGCUAAAAACAAGUAAACUACUAACAUUGUAUCAACUAUUGAUUCUUCUUCCAUUCUUGGUUUUCAAUGUUCAAUAUAAAUAGAUCUAAGUACUGUCUUCGAAUAUAAAUAUGGUUGCACUUUCUGCUGCUGUAUUAAGUUGUGUUAAUAGCUGAAUGAAUAAAAAUUAAUUCAUGAAAAUAUGAUAAGAGUUGGAAGAUAGUUUUAUUUAUGAGUCUUUAAUUAGUUUAACAAAUGCAUGUGUGAUUGAAGUCAAUAAUUAAUUUCAAUUUAAGUUUGGUCUUCGGAAUGGAAAUGAAAUAGAUGUAAAAAAAAAAAAAAAUUUUGACUGAUAAAUUUAACACAUUUGUAAGCGAAAAUAUUCUAUGCCUGAGAACCAGUAAACUUAAUUUUGUUAGCAAUAUCCUUUGUCAACUAGAGUACCCUUAACAGAACACAGACUAUUUCUCAAAAAAUAUUAUACUUUAUCCAAGUCUUUAGAGUUCCUUAUUUUUAUACUUGAACUUUUUAGCAACAUUUUUUGUCCCAGACAAAAACAAGAGUUUUUUUUUUUUCUUUAAGUAAGUUUGUGAGACAGAUUUUUUAUAAACUUAUACAAUAAAUAAA